AUGACGAAUUUUGACGCCCAAGUCGAUGGUCAGACAAAGGAAGCUUUGAAGGCGGACCUCACCUUAUGGUGCCUUAUCAAGACCAAGUACGAACCCUCCGCAAUUGUUAUCGCUUGGGCACAGUCCCUUGCUGAAACACUCAGUGCCGGCAUCUUGCAAAACGUUGAACAACAGACUUCCGGUUUCAGUGUAGAGCUGAAUAUGAUCCAAAUGUUUCAAACUCGCACACUUCUGAUCAGUCUUGACCUUUUUCUCAAUGAGUGUGACAAGGAGCUCCGGAGUAAUAUCCACAACAACUUUGAUCUGAAGCGGCCAGUUUAUCAAAUCGCUCAGAGGGGAACAUCCUGCUUCGUGUUUCGAAAUCCAAAAGCGGAUGCGGAGGUGACCGAUGAGUAUAUCGGAUUCAGUAAUUGGGACAAAGGACCCCGGCCUUUCUUUUCUGAUUUAAGGAAUCCGCCACUUUACGUUGAUGGGACACGUAGAGAGGGCCUGCAGCAUUUACUGCUCCCUUAUGACUGGAGGAAACCCACCGAACGUCGUAGAGAAGUGGCCGGUUCACCGAGGAAUGAAGAGAUCUCGGGGGUUCGACGUACUGUCAGAGAAGGAGGACUCAAGUAG